AUGACCGAGGACGAGCCACAUCCACAGCGCAGCGAGAGGGAAACAAGCCCAGGCCUCCGACAGGACAGCGCCCCCAAACCCAGCCCCACUGAACCGACCAGCGCCCCCAAACCCAGCCCUACUGAACCGACCAGCGCCCCCAAACCCAGCCCUACUGAACCGACCAGCGCCCCCAAACCCAGCCCCACUGAACCGACCAGCACCCCCAAACCCAGCCCCACUGAACCGACCAGCACCCCCAAACCCAGCCCCACUGAACCGACCAGCGCCCCCAAACCCAGCCCUACUGAACCGACCAGCGCCCCCAAACCCAGCCCCACUGAACCGACCAGCGCCCCCAAACCCAGCCCCACUGAACCGACCAGCACCCCCAAACCCAGCCCUACUGAACCGACCAGCACCCCCAAACCCAGCCCUACUGAACCGACCAGCGCCCCCAAACCCAGCCCUACUGAACCGACCAGCGCCCCCAAACCCAGCCCUACUGAACCGACCAGCGCCCCCAAACCCAGCCCCACUGAACCGACCAGCACCCCCAAACCCAGCCCCACUGAACCGACCAGCGCCCCCAAACCCAGCCCUACUGAACCGACCAGCGCCCCCAAACCCAGCCCCACUGAACCGACCAGCGCCCCCAAACCCAGCCCCACUGAACCGAGAGGUCCCAAAGCCGGCCCGUUCCGCAGCGAGCCGGACCUGAUCCCGGACCUCCCAUCUGCUGCAUUAAUGCAGUGGUGA